UUGGAGACAGCAGCAGAUCGCACAGCCGAGGAUCGAGACACACGAAGGAGCAGACACCCAACUUAUCAACAUGAACGUUCAGGUUUGCCACUGCGGUUGGACCAAACGUACAACUUACCACGGCUUGAGAGUUCACCAGGGAUUGAAGGGAUGCACGCCAAAGGGAAUGAGGAUCCCUCAAAGUGAACAAUCCAGGUUCUCCCAUAAACCGAGCUACAAUGAACCUCAAAUCAAAAUAGAAGAGCCUUUUGUGGAUUACUUCAAGAGUUCUGUGUUUGAGACUCCACAGCGCGCUCGUCAAACUACUGAACUUGAAGAUUCCAGAGCUCGUAAUUAUCUGCAAUCUUCUGUCGGUGGACAGCAGACUCCCAGCUUAUCCAACAUGGACGUUCAGGUUUGCCACUGUGGUUGGACCAAAUAUACAACUUACCACGGCUUGAGAGUUCACCAGGGAAUGAUGGGAUGCACGCCAAAGGGAAUGAGGAUCCCUCAAAGUGAACAAUCCAAUUUCUCUCAUAAACUGAGCUACAAUGAACCUCAAAUCAAAAUAGAAGAGCCUUUUGUGGAUGACUUAAAGAGUUCUGUCUUUGAGACUCCACAUCGCUCUCGUCUAACUACUGAACUUGAAGAUUCCAGAGCUCGCCGAGUUCUGGACUUUUCUAUUGGUGGACAGCAGGCUAAACGAGAAAAACUGAAAGCUCAUUUACAGCAACAAAUUCAUAUCAGAGAGCAUAAAAUGGCAGAAGUCAGAUCAUCAGUAACAGACUGCAAGGCUAGUUUGGAUGCAGAGUGGCUGGAAGUCAACGAUUUCUUCUCAGACAUAAUAAAAGUUGUGGAGGAUGCUCGGCAGCAAGCCCUUCAGCCUCUGGAGGAAAGGAGACGGAAAGUAAAAAGAGACACUCAGGAUCUCCUCCAGAAGCUUCAGAGAGAAAUUGAUGUGCUCAAAAAGGCCAUUGAUGAGUCAAUCAAAAACCCAGACUUGGAGGUUUCUCCUCUAGCAGGCCUGAAUGACUCUAACUGGAAAAAUGUACAUGUUGACACUUCACUGUCCUUUGCCACACUGAGAGCUACGACUUCAACCAUGAUGAAGCAAAUUCACAAGGAACUGGAUAAACUCUCACCCAUCGAAUUCAAGAGGAUUCCUAUAUUUGCAGUGGACGUGAAGCUGGACCCCACCACCGCACACCAAAGACUUGAAAUUUCUGAUAAUGGGAAAAAAGUGAAAGAUAGUGGAAAUAUGUCGACAGAUCCUGACUCUCUGCAGAGGUUUGAUGUAUUUGGAAGUGUCCUGGGGCUCAACAGGCUGUCCUCUGGCAGGGCAUACUGGGAGGUGGAGGUCAGGAAUAAGCCCGGGUGGGAUCUGGGUGUGGCGAGACGUGACGCAAACCGCAAGGGGAAACUCUCAAUCAAUCCUGACAACGGUUACUGGGUUGUUGUACAUUAUGAAGAUCAGAAAUAUGCAGCCCUAACGACACCACCAGUGAGCCUUUCACCUAAAAGGAAACCUCAGAAAGUCGGGGUGUUUGUAGAUUAUGAGGAAGGUCUCGUGUCCUUUUACGAUGUGACAUCUCAGUCUCACAUCUUCUCAUUUACUGAGUGUUUGUUCGGUGGUGAGAUCCUUCCAUACUUCAGUCCACAUCUGAAACAAAAUGAGAAAAACAGCAAUCCUUUGAUUAUCACUGCUGUGCAAAAGCAGUAGUAAUCACAUGCACUGGAUCUGGUGCAGUGAAUGCAUCACUGGUAAGCAAUAUAUGUGUCCAGGUGUGCAGUAACAGUUUAAUGUUUUUUCUGUGUUUAAACAGAGUUUUCUUACCUCUCUACCAGGCAUUUGCUUGCCCAAUUUUCAACAUUAUUCAUUAUAACAUGCAUUGAUGAAGAUCUCCUGACUCAGGUUUUUAUGUACUAUAUUUUCUCACUUUUAUUUUCAUUUGAAAAGUAAAAACUAAGUCUUACAUACAGCAGUGCAAAUGUAUGAAUUUACAGAAACAAUUGUUAGCAUGCGUGUUGAAACACCUUUUGCAAAAGACAGAAAUGACAAAAUCUCUUCUAAAGAUAAAGCUGUUAAAACACUUUAGACACUAUUCCUGUUUCUUUAAGAAAAAACAUUAGGACAUAUUAUGAUCAAAUGAUGUUGCGUACUGAUCACCAGUAACUGGAGCUGGUGCAUUUUUCAAAAUCAGCUAUUAGCCAAUUCCUAUCACAGUAGCAUGAAAACACUAUUUUUUAAAGUUUUGUUUUAUUUAUCUUCUAAUCCCUUAUAAAACAAAUUGCAGACAACCAGCAGACUGAGGAACUUCCUCUGAAAGCUCUUGGAUUAUCCCACUGUUGGUCUCCUUCACUCACUCACGUGUCCCGGAUAAAUGUCUUCACAGAAAUUUUAAACACUUUGAACAAUUUUUUCACUGCCCCUUAUUUGGACAUUUGUAGCCUAAACCUCUGAGUGCUAUGUCACGUUUGCAGCAUUAAAAUCAUCCACCUAGAUAAAGGUAACAAUAAGAAGUAAUUUUGAUAUGAAUCCCUUGAAUGCAACAGGACACUUGACUUUGUUGUACGUGGACUGGUGUAUGUAUGAAUCUGAAUCCUUUAGUAAAUAAUAUAAGUGUGUGUAUGUGCUUUUCUACUCACUUUGAGCAGAUUGCUUUCUCACUACAAGCCUUGGGGUACUGGGGGUAAUUCAGGACUCAGGAUCUGUGACACACAGGGGAGCCAGGGAUCAAACCACAAACUAUGCCAAUAGCAGAUGGCCUGGCUUACCAACUAAGCCACAGGAGCCUCUAAAGUGUUAAGUUACCUUUGUGCAAUUAGGGUUAUAUCAAAUGUCUGCUUUCUUAAGAGUUGCAAGACUUGAGUACUUGAAAUCUCUGUGUGCCUGUGACAUUUGAACUCUGCUGUGAUCCCUUCCACCGCCAUACACACACAUAUACUCAUAUUCAUAUAAAAAAAACCAAAAAUUAUUUAUAACCACGAAAAAUUAAUACCUAUUCCUAGGUGCUUUGGGCAUUUUGACCCCUUGAGUGAUCUGUUGGUCCCCACAAGUACAGCAUCAUGCCAAUUUCAUGUGCUAAAAAGGUGUCUAAACAUGCACACACACAGACACCUCAGCACUCUUCCCACGGCUCUGACUAUAAAUGCUGUUUGUUUUAAUUGUAUAACAAAGGAUGGAUUACGAGUUCUUCUUGUUGUGUUUGGCUGAUUGUCCAUCACUUACUGUGUCAACAAAAUGUUUACUUACUUGCUCUUUGUAGAUCUGUUUUACAGAUCCUUUUAGUAACUAUUUCAAUCUGCUCAAUCAUUUGUUUCAUUUUGUAGUUUUGCUUGUCAGACUUCUUACAUUGUGGUCUUCAGGAGUCACUAUAUUCCAUUUAAUAGAUUUGUGUAAUAUAUUUUAUGACAUCAGAUGUACAGAAAUGAAUAAAAUUGUCAUUUAGGAA